GGCCCCGGUCUCUAAUGGCUGAACAACAACAACUGUCGGCGACUGACAAACUUUCGCAAACUUCAUCAGAGACAAAAGAAAGUUGGAGAUAUCGGCUUGUGUUGUUUCUGUAACCGGUUAGGGUUAUUUGUCUGUUCGUCUUAUAGUCACAAAUGUGGGAUUACUGAUGGAUCCGAGGUAUGAUAUUCCACGGAGGGCCGCCGGCGGUGGCGGCGGGGGCUCCGCGAACUCGUCCCCCGCUCUGGGGGCUCAGUCACGCCGCAGGAAGAUGCCUCCCAGACCCGCUGAUUUCAAACUUCAGAUUAUCAUUAUUGGCUCUCGUGGUGUUGGUAAAACAAGUCUCAUGGAAAGAUUUACCGACGACACUUUCUGCGAAGCUUGCAAGUCAACCGUAGGAGUUGACUUCAAAAUCAAGACGGUUGAGCUGAGAGGGAAGAAGAUUAGACUACAGAUAUGGGACACCGCAGGCCAGGAGAGGUUCAACAGCAUCACAUCAGCAUACUACAGAGGAGCCAAGGGAAUUGUGCUUGUGUAUGAUAUCACAAAACAGGAGACCUUUGAGGACCUUCCCAAGUGGAUGAAAAUGAUUGACAAGUACGCCUCAGAGGAAGCAGAGCUUCUGCUGGUCGGGAACAAGCUGGACUGUGAGACUGAUCGCAUCAUCUCCAGGCAACAAGGAGAGAGGUUUGCCUCUCGAAUAAGUGGAAUGCGCUUCUGCGAAGCUAGCGCAAAGGAUAAUUUUAAUGUGGACGAAAUCUUCCUGAAGCUUGUGGACGACAUUCUUAGCAAGAUGCCUCUGGAAGUUCCCAACAAGGAGCUUUCCAACAGUGUCCUGUCUCUGCAGCCUGAACCGGAAGUGCCACCGGAGUUGCCCCCUCCUCGCAUGCGCUGUUGCUGAGAGUCGGAGUGGUCCCCCACCCUACCUAUGCGCGC